AUGCCACCCACACGAAGCCUACGACAGCGCACUGCUACUAAUGAAAAUGACGAGAAUGCAACUGCUGCAUCGACACGACUUACGCGAGCCAAGGCUGCCGCGUUGUCUGUGCCGGAAUCCCAGGCCGCUGGAGUCAAGAAGGCCCUAGGCGCGAAGAACACAGCCAACACAUCGACUGCCGCUGUGCAACGGAAGAGAGCUGCACUUGGUGAUGUUAGCAACGUGACGAAACAGGAGAACGGCGAUGGCAAACAGCUCAAAAAACCCGCAACGUCUCGCGUCACACUCACAUCCAAGACCUCAACGCAGACCGGAGGUGUCCAGAAAGUCACCCGCACCAACACGACGCGAGCUGCCUUGGGAGUCAAGGACUCGAAUAAGCGGGAAGCCACUACAGAGAUCAAACGCCCUGGAAGCGGAUCCGGUGUGAUGGGCGGUCUACAGACAAAACGUCACAGCCAGAAGCCAGCCAGAGCAGAGAGUGUCGUCAGCGAGGAGCCACCACGCAAGAAGCUUGAUAGCGGAAAGGAGACUAUAAAGACAGAAGAAAAGGCGGAAGCAAAGACAGAAGAGAAGCCAGAAGAAAAACCAAAAGAGGAAGUGGUGGAGUCUCAGGAGUCAGCAUUGGAUGAAGUCAAGGAGGAGCGAGAUGCUGAUGCCAUAUUAGACCUGGACGCCGAGGACCUCUACGACCCCAUGAUGGCCACCGAGUACGUCGUUGACAUCUUCGAAUACCUCAAGGAACUUGAGCCUCUUACCAUGCCCAACCCUGACUACAUGGACCACCAAGACGAAUUAGAAUGGAAGAUGCGAGGUAUCUUGGUCGACUGGCUUAUCGAGGUCCACACUCGCUUCCGCCUGCUCCCAGAAACCCUCUUCCUCACAGUCAACAUCAUUGAUCGAUUCCUCUCCGCCGAGGUCGUUGCUCUCAAUAGACUGCAGCUCGUUGGUGUUACCGCCAUGUUCAUCGCGUCCAAAUAUGAAGAAGUCCUCUCGCCACACGUUGCCAACUUUAGCCAUGUCGCCGAUGAUUCAUUCUCAGAUAAGGAGAUCCUCGAUGCCGAGAGACAUAUCCUCGCCACUCUCAACUAUGACCUGAGCUACCCAAACCCCAUGAACUUCCUCCGCAGAAUAUCCAAGCCAGAUAACUAUGAUGUUCGAACAAGAACGCUCGCAAAGUAUCUUAUGGAAAUUAGCUUGGUCGACCAUAGAUUCAUGGAGUACCGCCAAUCACACAUUGCCGCUGCAUCCAUCUUCCUUGCACGUGUCGUCUUUGACCGUGGACCAUGGGAUGCAACCAUCGCUUAUUACUCAGGUUAUACGAAAGAAGAAAUCAUGCCCGUUUAUGAAUUGCUUAUUGAUUACCUCUGCCGGCCGCCCGUUCAUGAGGCAUUCUUCAAGAAAUACGCUAGCAAGAGAUUCCUCAAAGCCUCCAUAAUGACUCGCCAAUGGGCAAAGCAAUAUCACGCCGUGUACCUGAAGGGGAAGAACGGUUCCUCGCGCGAACAAGACCCCAAGCCCAAGUCAAAAACCGCGUCAUAG